AAGAGGAAAAGGAUGACGUCAGGACGUAUUUGCUGGUGUACUUUCCUCCUGUAACUAAGUUAGCUAGCCUGUGCAUCUUUGAAGGUUCAGCUUAAUUCACUGACAACUUGUUUGUGUAAAUUCACUUCAUAUUCACAUCUUCGGCAGCACCAUGAGCACGCUGUGGAUGGGGAACCUAGAGACCUAUAUGGAUGAGAAGUUCAUCACCAGAGCCUUUUCCACCAUGGGUGAGCAGGUGAUCAACGUGCGGAUCAUACGCAACAAGAUGACAGGUGUGUCGUCGCCCAGGGGUGCCCUGGGUUACUGUUUUGUGGAGAUGACGGACGAGGCCACAGCUGAGAGGUGUCUCCGCAAAAUCAACGGAAAAGCUUUACCUGGAGCCAAUCCUCCCACAAGAUUCAAGUUAAACCGAGCCACCUUUGGGAAGCAAGACAGUGGUCAGAUGUAUUCUCUGUUUGUGGGAGAUCUGACUCCAGAGGUCGAUGAUGGAAUGCUUUAUGAGUUCUUUUACAACCGCUACCCUUCCUGUCGUGGUGGAAAAGUGGUGCUGGACAGCAUGGGCAACUCCAAGGGUUGUGGCUUUGUUCAGUUCCCAGAUGAGCGGCUGCAGAAGCGGGCUUUAGAGGAGUGUCAGGGUGCUGUGGGACUGGGUGGUAAGCCUCUGAGACUGAGCCUUGCUGCUAACAAUUUAAGGAACAGGCAGCAGCAGCAGCAAUCAGAGCACAGAUCAUGGCAGUCCAGCUCAGGAUACAGAAACAACUAUGACCAGUAUAACCAGUACCAGCAGCAGCAGGCCUAUUCUGGGUAUUUCUCGCCCUGGGGCUACGACCAGACUGGAGGCGGUUAUGGCUACAACUACCCGCAGUAUGAGUACACACAGUAUCCACCACCACAAGAAAGCGAAAGUGAAGCUGUUGAGGAUGAUGGACUUGAAGAUCCCAGUCUGCAGCUGGAUGUAAUAGAGGCCAACAGGAAGUUCAUGGAGAUCAGUGAGGAACUGUAUGAUGCUCUGAUCGAGUGUCACUGGCAGCCAGCAGAAUUCUCUACAGAACAGGACUGUAUGACAUCCAGCCUACCAGAGCCCAUUUACUGCUGAAACAGAAAACAUUUUCUUCAUGUUGACAGUAUGGAUUAUUUUUGUAAGAACAUAUAAAGGAAAUGAGUGAUGGUAA